GGAAAGGAGGAAGACUCCAGAACUGGACCUUUGGCUUGGCUGAGGUUGGGCCAAGGCUGUGGGUGGGGCACAACCAGCUGCUUACAAUUAGGCCAGGCUCCUGUGGCCAAGAACAACUGCUCAUAAGUGUCUGGAAACCUGUCAGGGAGAUGAGGGGGUCACCUAGCUUCCACCAUGUGCCUCGAGGCCUAUGGGGCCCCCUUCUCUGCUUGCUGGCCACCUUCAUCCUGGACACAGAAGCCGUGGUCUUGAGUCAAUGCGAACUGGCCCAUGCGCUGCAGGAAGGAGGCUUGGAUGGUUAUCAUGAUCACAGCCUCGCCCACUGGCUGUGUCUGGCUCACCAUGGAAGCGGGCUCAACACCGAAGCCGUGUUCAGGCUGCCUGAUGGGAGCCUGGGCUAUGGCAUCUUCCAAAUCCGGGGCCACAAGUGGUGCAGUCCCGGGGAAGGCCUGUCUGAGAACCGCUGCCGCAUGGACUGUCAAGAUCUGCUGGACACGGAUCUCAGCAAUGACAUCGCCUGUGCCAAGAUCAUGAUGGACAAUCCGAGUGACUCAGAUGCUUGGGACCCCUGGAGUCACCACUGCGAGGGACACGACCUAGCUGACUGGGACAUGGAGUGUGACCACUAAGGGCAUUGGAGCCCUCCCCACACAUCUUUCCUGCCACUGCCUUCUCCAUCUUUGCUCACUGCCACCCUUCCUCCACACCUCUGCCUGCCACUGUCCUUUCUCUAUGCCUGUGUCUGUGCCUGCUGCCUUACUCCCUCCAUAUUUCUGCCCACUGCCACUCCCUGUGUCUCUGCCUCCCUCUACCUGUUGAGCCGAAAUGCUGGGCAUGGGCAGCCACCCCCAGGGCUGGGAUGGGUCACAGACAGUAAAGAGAACUCUUUAUCGGUG